AUGUUGGAGAAUCAAGUUGCUCAACUUGCUGACACUCUAUCUCAAAGGCAACCGGGUACACUACCAGGGCCACCUACUCCGCCCCAUAAUAGAGAAAGUGCCAACGCUAUCACUCUUAGAAGUGGCACUAAAUAUGAUGGACCCCCGAUGCCCAUUGAUGAUGCAACUUUUGCUAAGGAGAACACAGAUGGACCAGAGAAAGCAAUUUUUGUAGAGCCUAAAGUCCCGAAAGUUGAUAAUGCUGAUGAUGUUGGCGCAAAUAAGGGGAAAGAGAAGAUUGCUAAUUCUCUCCCUAUUGUGCAUAAGUUGCCUUUCCCUCACCGGAUGCAGAAAACCAAGGUCGAUCAACAACUUGGUAAGUUCUUGGCAAUGGUCAAGAAUCUUGAGGUAACGGUCCCUUUUACCGAUUUAAUAUCUCAAGUUCCUGUUUAUGCAAAAUUUUUGAAAGAGAUGAUCACUAAGAAAAGGGAUUAUGGUGGUGUGGAGAGAGUCGCUCUAACUGAAGAGUGUGCAAGUGUGUCUGUCAUGCCCCUUUCUGUCUGUAAUAGGUUGAAUAUGGGAAAACUAAAAUGCACACAAAUCACGUUGCAAAUGGCAGAUCGUUCUAUAAAGUAUCCCUUGGGUAUUUUGGAGGAUGUUCUUGUCCGGGUGGGGAAAUUUAAAAUUCCUGUUGAUUUUGUGGUGCUAGAUAUGGAGGAGGAUAGUCAAAUUCUCAUAAUUUUGGGUAGGCCAUUUUUAUGUACUGCAGGUGCUGUUAUUGAUGUCAAGUCUGGGUCUCUUACUUUGAGUGUUGGUGAUGAUACUGUUACUUUUAAUCUAACUAAUGUUGUGAAGUCUCCUAUGCUUGAGAAUACUUGUUGCAGGAUUGACAUUGUAGAAGAGAUUUCUCUAAACAACAUCCCUAGGAUGUUGUAUGAUGAUCUAUUGCUGGCGACUCUCACCUUGGAGGCCCGAAAAGGAGAAGGGAUGUUGAGAUUGAUUCCUUGA